AUGACGGGGAAACAAGGCGCCGUGCUGUCGGAAAGUUUAAAUCUAGCGGAGAAAACGUCUCUGGGUGCAAAUGGAGGGAGUAACAGCCACCAGCCGAAGAGCAGCGCGACCCUUCCGCCUCCCAGGUGCACCGGCUUUGGCAUCCAGGAGAUACUGGGGCUGAAUAAGGAGCCGUCCUCGGCCCCGAGGAGCCCGCUUGGCUCGCUGCCGGCCGGGGCGCACCUGAUCGCCGCCAGGUCCUUGCUGGGCCCCGCCGGCGUGGGUAUGGGUGUCGGGAUGGGAUUAAUCGGCCCUGGUGGAAUUCCGUCGUUUUACAGCCAACCGGCAUUUUUGGAGACUGUGCUGUCGGACGCACAAGAUGUUCACCUGCAGCCCCACAGCAGGUCCGUAGGGCCGCUGGACACCAGCCAGUCUACGAGCUCAGACUCCGAUGAUUUAUCUUCAAAUGAACGAAAACUCUCAAAGUCAUCAGUAAGUCAGAGCAAGAAACGCAAGAAAAGACGUCACCGGACAAUAUUCACCUCAUAUCAGCUGGAGGAGCUGGAAAAGGCCUUUAAUGAAGCGCACUACCCAGAUGUUUAUGCCCGAGAGAUGUUGGCCAUGAAAACAGAGCUACCUGAAGACAGAAUACAGGUAUGGUUUCAGAACCGCAGAGCCAAGUGGAGGAAGAGGGAGAAGUGCUGGGGCCGCAGCACUGUGAUGGCUGAGUACGGGCUGUACGGAGCGAUGGUGAGGCAUUCAAUCCCCCUGCCGGAGUCUAUCCUCAAAUCUGCCAAGGAUGGCAUCAUGGAGUCCUGCGCCCCCUGGCUGCUCGGGAUGCACAAAAAGUCCACGGAGGCAGCAGCUCCCCCGCCAACAGGAAAGUGCGAUGCGCCCCAGCAGCCGAGCUCUCAGAGGGCAGAGGAAGCUGAGGCGGAGGAGAAGAGGUCAGAAGGCAAGUCUGGCAUUUCUAAAGAGGAACUGAGAGAGAACAGCAUUGCUGCACUCAGGGCCAAAGCACAGGAGCACAGUGCCAAAGUGCUGGGGACAGUUUCACAUGACACACUGCUGGAGGGCAAACAGGAGAGACAGGCGGCCGAGGAGAAAGCCAGUGAGCCCCUGAGUCCAGCAGAGGAGGAGAAAAGUCCGUAGAGACUAUCCACUCCUGAGGACUGUUAUUCUCGUGAGUGCCUCGCUGCAUUCAGCAUGUGUAGGGACUUACCAAACAUAACUCACUGCCCUGCAGGUUUUCAUCCCUCAUUGACUUCUCUAAACUGGCCUGCAUUGAGACUUCUUUAUGAAGAAAACUCAUCUGGUCGUCACUGGUUCUGCACAGAUGAUGCAAAUGCACUUUUUCUGAUUUACUUCCAAACUUACAGUUGUUGUUGCUUACGCACAGUAGAGAAGAUCUGACUGAGUGGGAGUAAACGUGUUUAUAUUGGUGUAAAUAGAUCCCACAAUUAUAUAUAGAGCCAGAUGAGUAAAGUUUUAUCCAGUGUAACAGUUUUAACACAUUAAUUAGGAUUACCAAAUGCCCCAUGAGCAGUCAGUGUCCGAAGGUUUCAUUCUUGGCAUUCAUUUUAAUGUUUGUUGUACAGUUACUAAAUGGUAAAUUUGA